UGUUAGUUCACGUCAAAGUUCAGUAAGCAAACAAAUUAGAGUGGACUGCUUAUCGUUUGUGUUUAGUAGGUGUGUAUAGUUUAUCCGUUUACUAUUUCUGUGAUAAGUACAAUGGCUGUACAAAUUGCGAAAGGCUCUUUAUUUAUGCAUCUGAUGUCGGCCUCUGUUGCUGUAGCAAAUCAUGCUGGUAAAAUUAUUCGAGAAAUUAUGAGAAAAGGUAAUUUAGGAAUUGUUGAAAAAGGUAUUAAUGAUUUACAGACUGAAGCUGAUAGGUCAGCUCAAAGAUGUAUUGUUAAUUCUCUUCUAAAACAUUUCCCUAGGGUGACAGUUAUUGGAGAGGAGACACUUGAAGCUGUAGAUCACGAGCAGCCGAUUGUCAACUUAAGUGAUUGUGAAGCAAUCAAUGUGGAAUGUCCUGAGCAUCUAGCAUCUAUAAAAGAGGAAGAAGUUGUUAUUUGGGUUGAUCCUCUUGAUGGUACAGCAGAAUAUACGCAAGGUCUCUUGGAUCAUGUAACUGUUUUAAUUGGCUUAGCUGUGAAUGGAAAAGCAGUUGGAGGAGUUAUUCAUCAGCCAUACUAUAACUAUAAGAACCAAGAAGAUAUCUUGAAAUUGGGUCGAACAAUAUGGGGUAUUGUAGGUGUAGGAAGUUCAGGCAUUGAUCAUUGUAUGCCACCAGUGAACAAAAGAAUUAUAACCACUACAAGAUCGCAUUCAAAUCCAAUUAUCAAUUCUACGAUUGCAGCUUUACAUCCUGAUGAAGUAUUGAAAGUGGGAGGUGCAGGGCAUAAGGUACUAUUACUUAUUGAAGGUAAAGCCCAUGCUUAUGUGUUUCCAAGUAAGGGCUGUAAAAAAUGGGAUACUUGUGCUCCGGAAGCUUUGCUGCAUGCAUUUGGAGGCAAACUGACAGAUAUUCAUGGACAACCUUUGCAAUAUCAUGCACAAGUUGAGCAUGUUAAUUCCUCUGGUGUUUUAGCAACAUACUUAGAAUCUGUACAUGACUGCUUAUUGGUUUCAUCUAUCAUCACAUCAGUAAUGCUCGGAAACAUGGAUGUUUUCUGCCACAGGGAAGAAAAGGUUAUGAAAGUUUUUAAAGAAACCACAUGUCGCCUUUUCAAUAACUUUCUUAGAUUUGUGAUAGUAAAAAACAAAUUCUCAAAGCUUUUAAUAAACUUAAGGAAUUAUAAUAUCCAAAAUCAUUAUUUUGUCAGAUCUUUACUUGCAUAAUGCAUCUUGUUCUCGCCGAGUAUGUUGUUUCCAAUACGGGCAAUGUAAUGAUAUGCAAGUUUCUGUAAAUGCAUUUGCUUCAUUUUGUGGCACUACAAAAAUUAUGGGGGAAAAAAAAAAAGAGAGAGAGAGAGAGAGAAUCUUUUGGUCAUUGACAGAAUAGCAGUUGUAGAUUGCAGAGGAAGACAUACUAACUGAAAACAUGCAAGACCUGAGUAAGCGAUUUUUCAAAUAAUUGAAUUUAUGAGCUCCUUCAAAAAGGAAAAAGUUUCAUUAUUUCUUUAAAAAGAGUCGGAAGAUAUACCUGCCAAGAGUUAACAUCACAAAAUCUAGUAUAAAGCAAAUAAUCCGAACAAUGCACUGUCAUAUGUAAAAUUCAGACAUUUUUAAUUCUAAAUUUAACAUCGGAUUUAAUUACACAGGAAAGGACACUUGUAUUGCGAUAUAUUAAAAGGAGAGAAUUUGGAGAAUAAAAGGAGAAAUUUGCUGAAAUAUAAGAAAACGCAAAACUGAUUUAAGAUCUAAAAAAUAAAAUGAUGGAAAAAGAACUUCAUUUGAGGAAAAGCCAAUUGACAGUAAUGGAACAGAAGAAACUGGAUAAAAAAAAAA